UCACUCUCUUUUAGAGUUUCCAUUUUUAAAAAACCUUCCAAAAAGUUGUCGAAAACCACACUGUUGAUGUUAUAAUUGAAGAUAUCAAAAGUAAACCCUAAAAAACGGGGGUGACUGAAUGUUCGAUGAGGGAAACUAUAGGGCUGUUGGUGAAAUUCUUCAGAGAUGAAUUUUGUCAUGUAACCAAUCAGCCAUGGCCAAUUCUUCCAAGCUUUGCGAAUCUUUUUCGAUCAUCGAAUUUGUUUGUUGAUUUGAUUGAUCGUCACGGAUUAUUUAUCUGAGCAAUAAUCGCAGCAUGGCGUCGGCGAAUUCGGUUCCAGUAGGAGUAAGCAGCGGUGGUAAUGCAAGUAGCAGUUGUGGAUAUAAUGUCUUCGUUUACGGCAGCCUAUUAGCCGACGACGUCGUUCGUGUCCUCCUUCGUCGCAUUCCUCAAAAUUCCCCUUCCACCCUUCACGGCUAUCAUAGAUUUAGCAUCAAAGGCCGUGUGUAUCCUGCGAUUCUACCUGUAGAAAACAAGAAAGUUACAGGGAGGGUCUUAUUGGGGAUUACUGCCGCAGAAUUAGAUAUUCUGGAUAAAUUCGAGGACGUGGAGUAUGAAAAGAGGGUGGUUGAUGUUUCUUUGCUGGAUAUGUCUGAUGCGUUACAGGCUUACACGUACGUAUGGGCCAACCCCGAUGACCCCAAUUUAUAUGGAGAAUGGGACUUCGAGGCAUGGAAGGAAUCGAAGAUGAAAGAUUUUGUGAAUAUGACAAUGGGGUUUGUGGAGGAACAUGACUCUAAGCCAAGGGUUGCAACCUAUGAAUCCUACUAUAAUAAUAGGCACAAAGAAUGAUGGCAUCUUUCCAGUUGAAUGUUGCUGCUAGCGAAUGAUCAUCGUUAGGUUGCUAUUGAGUGAGAUAUACUGAGUUAGUUUGGUUUAUAAACGAUAAUAGAAAACCUGACUUUGCAUUUGCAAUGAACAUGAAUAAUUCAGUCCAAUCUGACUGACCUCAAUAUGGGUUUUCGACUAGUGGAA